AUGAAUGAAAAAAAACCAAUAAAUGUGACAAAGUCUGUUAAUCAAGCUAAAUCAAUUGAUAAAAAGUCACAAAUACCUGUUCUUAUUUCGUAUAAUAAAAAUGAUGAUGGGAAAAACUACGAAGAUAAUUGUAUUUAUUAUAACAAUGUACAACAGUGUAUUGAAACUAUUAAACAAUCUUCUGUACCAAUAUUUCUAAUUUUAAAUAGUUCGUCAGCUACGGAUAUUCUUUCUCGUAUUCAUUCAUUAACACAAAUUGAUACAAUUUUUAUUUAUUGUAACUCUGCACGAGAACAACAAAGAUGUCAAUAUCUUUGUCAACAUUACUCAAAAAUAUUUGAUCUAUUCAGUGAUCGUAAACAAUUACUUGAUAUUAUUCAAGAAAAUCUUCUUCUCUGUCAAAAUCAAUCAGGCAAUGAUUAUCUUCGUUUAGCUGAACGUUAUAAACAACAAAAUGAAUUAAAUCGUGCACUUAAAUAUACUUAUAAAGCAUUGGAUAUAUAUCGAAAAACACUUUCAAAUCAAAAUCACCCAUUAAUUGCUCGUUGUUUAAAUAAUCUCGGUGGAAUUUAUGAUGCUCAAGGUGAUGCCAAUCGAUCAUUUGAAUUUUAUGAACAAGCUAUCAAAAUCUAUUCUCAUUUAACACCAUCUUUAUGUAAUCAACCAAUAUCAAAUAUAUUGAAAAAAUAA